UCCCUCCCCUUCCCGCGGCGCUGCCCGCCGGGACUCGUAGUCCUGCGGCUGCCGGCCCCGGCCAGGACCCCCCCCCCUGCCCGGUGCCUCCCGCCAGCCCCGGCCGAGCCCCACUGAGCGAUGGAGGGGGACCCCAAGCUGCGGCUCCGCGUCUUCGACCUCAACUGCUGGGCCAUCCGCUACCUGAGCAAGCGGCGCCAGGAGCGCAUCCGGCUCAUCGGGGACAGGCUGUGCCGGGAGGGCUUUGACCUGGUGCUGCUGCAGGAGGUAUGGAGCGAGCGGGACUACAGCGACCUGAAGGCGAAGCUGGGAGCCUGCUGCCCCUUCUCCCAUUAUUUCCGCAGCGGUGUCAUCGGCAGCGGGCUCUGCAUCUUCUCCAAGUUCCCCAUCCUGGACACGCUGCUCUACCAGUACUCGCUCAACGGUUACCCCUACAUGCUCCAGCACGGGGACUGGUUCUGUGGCAAGUCGGUGGGGCUCGCCGUCGUUAAGAUCUCCGGGAUCGUCUUCAACGUCUACGUCACCCACCUGCACGCCGAGUACUGCCGGGAGAAGGACGCCUACCUGCCGCACCGCGUGGUGCAAGCCUGGGAGCUGCUGCAAUUCAUCCGACACACGUCGCAGGCGGCCGACGUGGUGCUGCUGGGAGGGGACCUGAACAUGCACCCCCAAGACGUGGGCAUCCGGCUGCUGCGCUGCUGGACGGGGCUGCAGGAUGCCUUCACCGAGACCAAGCACUUCGAGGGCUGCGAGGACGGCUGCACCCUGGUCCCCAACAACCGCUUCACCGUCAAGUCGGAGCUGCAGCCCUUCCCGCUGGGCAUCCGCAUCGACUACAUCCUCUACAAGGCUGGCUCCGGCUUCACGGUGAAGUGCGAGGAGCUGCAGACCACCACGGGGACGGCCCCAGGCGCGGACAUCCCCUACUCGGACCACGAGGCCGUGAUGGCAACGCUGCACGUCCAGAGGACGGGGCAGGCAGCGGGUGUCACCCCCGGCACGGCCGUGCCGGCGCUGGUGGAGGUGUUGAGCGAGGCGCGGACCGAGGUGCGCGUGGGGCUGCUGGCGGCGCGGCGGCAGCGCUACUCCUCGGGCAGGAUGGCCCUGCUGGCCCUGCUGCUGCUGCUGCUGCAAGCCGCGGCCGCGCUGGGCGCCCUGGCGGGGCUGGCGGACGGGCAGCCCUUCCCCAAGCUUUCCUUCGCCCUGCUGGCCUUCCUCGCCCUCGGCGUCCUCCUCCUCGCCACCGGCCUCCACCUCUUCCACACCAUCGAGGUGAAGAUGCUGCAGGGCACCGAGGAGCAGAUGAGGAUGGCGCUGGAGGUGCUGCAGGAGCGCCCCGGCCGCUCCUGACUGGGGCUGGGGGUUCACUCCCGGCCCCAUCCUGACCCGGCUCGGGCCCUUUUUCUCCUUGACUUCGGGUUUUUGGCGAGCAGUGCUGCUGCGGCGGGCUCGAUAGCGCAGGUUCCACAGCCGCCUUUUGGGGUGGAAUUAAGAUUUUUGGGACAAAACGUCUGCCCCCGUGGGAACCACAACGGAGGCAGGUUUUAAUUACUUUUUUUAAUACGCCCUUUCCGCCUGGAUGGACACCCCGGGGUGGCUGGGGGGCGCGAGCACCUCGGCCUCCCCCUGCCCGGGGCAGCCCCAGGGGCUCCCCAUGAGAGCUUUGGGCUGCCCUGGCAGCCAGAUUUGACUCAUAGAGAAAAUAAAGGCGGUGUUUUAGCCCUA